GCUUUGGUGAUGUGGACUGUAACUUUGAUGAACAAACAUUCUGCAACUGGUCACCUCAUGGACAGAGCAAACUUAACUGGACUUUCACUAAUGGUUUCACAUCAUUCAAUUCAUUUCAAGUGACCACUGAUCAUACCGGCAAAGGAGGAUACUACAUAUACUUUCAAUCUGCCUUCGGUAACCCUGGUGAUAAAGCCAUCUUAUCAUCCCCUGCAGUCCCUCCGACCAAUGGCUUGAGCUGCUUCUCAUUUUGGUACUACAUGUAUGGACCCAGCGUUGGACAACUGCAGCUGGUCACUAGUGUGGGUGGUACAAAUGCAGUCAAGUGGCAAAAAGAAGGCAGCCAGAGUGAUCGCUGGACGCAAGCUUCUGUAACCAUUCAGAGCAACAGCAACUACCAGCUGUUCAUUCAGGUUGUAAAGGGACAGGGAUUUGGAGAAAUAGCCGUUGAUGAUAUAAGUCUUGUCCACAAUGCAUGCCCUCACAAAGCCACUUGUGACUUUGAGGAUGAUGGCUUCUGCAGCUAUGAUCAAGAUCUGUUUGAUGACUUUGACUGGACUCGUACCAGUGGUACCACAUAUUCUGCCUUUACAGGCCCAUCAAAUGACCACACGUAUGGCACAAGCAAGGGACACUACAUCUUCACUGAGGCAUCCUAUCCGAGACAACAAGGAGACAUUGCCCGCAUCAUCAGCCCAGUGAAUCCACCAACAGAUGGGCGCUGUUUGAAGUUCUGGUACAACAUGAAUGGAGAGACUAUUGGCAGCCUUCUUGUCUACGUCCGGGACCACAAGGGCUUUGACACACUCAUCAACAACAUGACUGGCAACUCAGGGAAUGUGUGGUUGUUGUCUCAGCAGGAUGUGGUCUCUGAGACAUCCUUCCAGAUUGUGUUUGAAGGCGUGAUUGGAAGUGAUUACCUUGGGGACAUUGCCUUGGAUGACAUAGAGCUGUCCAAUAAUCCUUGUAUCAAUUUAUUUGGCUGUGAUUUUGAGAAAGAUCUUUGCUCCUGGACACAAAAUACCACAGAUAACUUUGAUUGGAUGUUAAUCAGUGGCCCUGCUCCUUACCAAGGUCCUCUCUUAGACCACACCACUAACAAUAUUGCAGGCCAGUACAUUUACCUGGACAGCACAGGCAGGCAAGGUGAUGUGGCUGAGUUGGACUCCCAGAUAAUUCCCCUGGCUGGCUCCAAUGACUUCUUCUGUUUCUCUUUCUGGUACUACAUGAUUGGAGGUGUUGGAUAUUUGAACGUCACUACAAGGACCUUUGCCAGCCAGAAACCACAGACAGUGUUCAGUUUGUAUGGCAGCCAGAACGACACAUGGCAACAGGCCUUUGUUAAUAUUCCUAGACCAUCGGCAGCUUUCCAGAUUGCUGUCAUUGGAUCAGUGGGAAUCUCCAAGAUAGUUAGCAUGGGCUUAGAUGACUUCAGUUUUGCCGCUAGUUCAUGUCAAGAUUUGAUGGUUACUGGAACAUUCAACUGUGGAGGAACAAAGAACCAGACAAUCAGCUCUUCAAAAGUCUGUGAUUUUGCCAGAGACUGUGGGGAAACUGCUGCUGAUGAGAGUAAUUGUGGUGACUGCAGUUUUGAGUAUGACUGGUGUAGGUACAUGGACAUCAGCAGUGGAGAGUUUCAGUGGAACAGGGGACGUAAUGGAAGUCUCACAUCAAACACAGGACCCCCGUAUGAUCAUUUGAACCAACCAGAUGGUUAUUACCUGUAUGUGGCGACAUCAGGAGGCUCAUUGGAGGACAUGGCAGACGUCAUCACUGACUUUAGCUUCGGUCCAUCCCCAUCCACUUGCCAGAUUGAGUUUUACUACUACAUGAGAGGAUAUGGUAUUGGUCUUCUCUACGUCAUUGUCAGGGAGUCUCAAGAAGAUACUAUUGUCUUUGAGAAUGACCACAGUAUGGGUGACAACUGGAUUAAGGCAACUGUAGACCUAGGUCAUGUGGCUGUGCCGUUUAAGGUGUUGUUUAGAGCAAGUAGAGUGUUCAGUAUGGCAGGAUCUGUUGCCAUAGACGAUAUCAGCUUUAUCAACUGCAAUUAUCCACCUGUCCAAACAUCUUGUCCAGCCAAUCAGUUCAGAUGUACACGCAAGUCAUGUGUCAGCAAGAACACAGUCUGCGAUUUUGUGGAUGACUGUGGAGAUGGCAGUGAUGAAGCCAACUGCAGUAAGUAUGGCCUCAGAGGUGUGGUUUGA